AAAUAGAAAUAAAACUAUAAUGGGAAAGCAAAUCUGUCCUUCCAAAGUCCACCAUUACUGCAUCUUUCUCUUAGCAACAAAAAGCUUCUUUAAGAAAAGAUCGUAUUAGCAACUUCAAGAAGCAGCAAUGGCGGCUCCUCUCUUUCCCGCCAUUUUCACUGGUUUCUUCUUCUUCGUCUUCCUCAUCUCUCUCACGUCGCAAGAUCAACUAAAUAACAACGACCACAACCUCUUGAUCCGUGAAUUGGAUGACGCCAAGCUAAAGCUCUCUCGUUUGGAAUCUGUUCUCGAAGAAACAAUUCAAAGCAUUGAUGCUAAAACCCUUCUUCUCAAGGAACGCGAGAAGCUUCUCGAAGACAUGGAAAACAAGAUCACUUAUCUGCAGUCUGUUAUAUCCACUCUUAAGGAUGAUUCAUUACUUGCUGAUGAAAAGCUUAAGGCUCUAGAAGAGGAGGUACGUUUGCUUUGGGAUGCUUCGAGAAAGAACAACUUUGAACUUCACGUUUUGGAAUCAGAAGCACAGGACACUGAAGAUAGGGUGGAAGCUGUUAAUUUAAAAGUUGAAAAGAUGGCAGAAGUUGUUACAGAACAAUGGAUUCAAAUUCAACAUCUUGAGCAGGCGCUUCAACUUGCACAAAGGAGGGCAUUGCAAGAUCAAAAGCAAAGGUACAUGAGAUGCUCAUUCUUGAAGUUCUUUAAUGACCUUUCUGAAAGACAUCUUCCAAAGAUGCUUGGUGCAUUGGAAUAUUAUUCAUUCGGAAAAGGAUCUACCAUUAAGUACUACAUGUCUCAAGCUCUGCAACAAUUAAGAAGAUUUUACUCAGCAAUUAAAAAGUAUCACCAUCAGUUGCAAGGUUUCAUCAAACAAGAAAUGCGAAGAAAUGAAUUUACUGCAGCUUUUGUCAAUGAUGAAUUGGUAUUCUUUCUGGCUUCGGCAUUGAUUACCUUCCCUGUACUGGGUGCUUGGAUGGUGCUGUCAUCACAGUUCAGCUAGGUCAAGAAAUCUCUUCCAUUGCAGUUUAUAUUCUCUUCUGUCAUCUAGAAUAUAGAAUCUGAUUCCGCACAGCUAAAAGGUGAAAGAUGAGUUGGGACACGCACACACCACACACAGGGACAAUCUGCGUAUAAUCAUCACAUCAGCAGUAACCAACGACACGAGUUUAUUCCAGUGUCCAGAUUAAUACAAUAUGAUAUAUACUUUUGAAAUUUGCAGCCUGAGAGUUUUUCACGCUCGAAAAUUGAAAUAGUUACCAUCAGGCUUGCUAGCUGCUACAUUUUGAUUUUACUUUUUAUGCUUUUAUCACCACAAUUAGAGCUUUACUGCAAAGUAAUAA